AUGGAAAUUGCUGAGGUCGUCAACAAUGGCGACGUUGUAGCCCUCUUUGAGCAACUUCAGCCUGGUGUGAGAGUCGAUGUAUCCCAGACCACGAAUUACUCAGAUGCAGUCUUCAGGGCCUUGAUGAUUGUGGCCGAGCACCACGAGAUCAAUCAAGAAGAAGCCGCUUUCAAGUCCGAGCAACUUCUGGGAGGGGCCGGAGGGCUUGAUGAUGUCAAGGAAGAUGGUGAUUAG